GAUUGCUUCAUCUAUAUCUGUGGGACUAAACGGAUUCCUCCACCUUCUUCUACCCUUCUGCUUCUCACACUAGUUUUGCUUGCCAUACACCAUGGGGAGGCUAAGCGUCCACCAGACGAGGAGCCCCAAGCAAGGGAAGGGCAAGAAGAAGACUGUCAAGGUGGUGUACAUCUCCAACCCCAUGCGGUUCACCACCAGCGUCGCCAAAUUCCGGGCCCUCGUGCAGAAGCUCACCGGCCGGGACUCGAACGUCGGCGACACGGGAGCGACGUCGAUGGUGUUCGAUGGCCUGGAGAAGCCGUCGGUGAAGCCUGCGCCCGGAUCUGGAGUGGCUUCUGACAGCACCGGCAUGGAUCCACGUACGGCCACGGCGUCGGCGCCGUUCGAGAUGUUCGACGACGAUGUCUUCACCCCGGAGAUGUUGGACAACUUUCCGGGACUGCAGCAGUCGACGCUGUUUGUGUUAUGAGCUCUCGUGUGAGGUUGCUAAGGUUCUGCGGCUGUGUCUGAUCGAACAUGCAUGCUGAAAUGUGCACACUUCAGUAGGUUGUAUUAGAUCUGAAGCUUGAAACUUCACACUGAAAUCCACCACUCUCAAGUUCUCUGUUCUUCUUCUUCUUCUUCUUCUUUCUUUAUCUCGACUGGGUCUUGGAUUCCUCUCUCAUGUCAUGUUCGAGUCAGAGAUUGAGCCGAGCUGAUGGAUAA